CAGGAAUACUUAGCGUUAACCCAGGCUCUCUUGUAGUUACAGCCCGGUAUCUCCUAGGAGUUUGUUUACUUUUCUAAGUGUUAUUGGAUAAGAUCAUUUUAAUACAAAAGAUAUAGUUUAAUCCGAUAUUAUGAGGCUAUGUCAUUCCAAGUAGGCCUAGAUUACCGCUUGAUUUUGAAAGGCGUGAUCAUCGGUUAGGAUCGGACCAGCGCUAUUCCACUAAAGCUCAACGACCCAAAUCUUGCUGCCGGUAUGAACUCUCUUUUGAGAUUCUUGUGUUUUUACGCCCUGGGACUGAGCUAUGGGAAGUUUGUGCGAGUAAAGGAUGACACCCAGGACACGGGAGCCCGGUUUCUGUGCCGAGCCAUCCCGGUGGGCGCAGACACCUGUUUGGUUCCCGUAGGUUUCGAAGCAAACGCGUCCCCUCAGGAGGAAGAGUUGAGGAACACUGUCAUGCAGCUGCGGGAGACAAUUCUCCAACAGAAAGAAACUAUAGUUAACCAACUUGGGACCAUAAACGAGCUGACCACUAAAUUAUCGCUCUGCGAGUCAGCUUCUGAAGGAACGAAGUAUGAUGGUGGAUCUUGGAGUAAAGUGAACGGUAAUCAGAACACAAUGGGAGAUGUACCCAGAGAUCCCAAUGAUUCCAUCGACAACCUUGGGAAGACCAUGCAGAGUCUGAAGGACCGACUAGAGAACCUCGAGCAACAGCAGCAAAGAGCCAACACGUCGGGGGCAUUGUUCCCCAGCGAGCUAAGAGACCUGCUGCAACGCAGGCUUGGAGACCUGGAGAAACAGCUGCUCAUUAAGGUCAACAACCUGGAGGAAGAAAAGUCUCAACUCUACAACGAGACUGCUGCCCACAGGCAGAAGACAGAGAGCACCCUCAACUCCCUGCUGACCAGGAUCAAUGAGCUGGAGAAAGUUGGUGGUGGGUUCAAGUCCCCUGAACAGUUCAAACUGGUCCUCCCACUGCGAACGAACUACCUGUACGGCCGCAUGACCAAGAGCCUUCCAGAGAUGUACGCUUUCAGCCUGUGCAUGUGGCUUCGGUCCAGCGCCAGCCCUGGCAUAGGCACUCCCUUCUCCUACGGGGUGCCAGGACAGGCUAAUGAGAUUGUUCUCAUCGAGUGGGGCAACAACCCUAUAGAACUACUCAUCAAUGACAAGGUGGCUCAGCUGCCUUUGUCUGUGCGUGAUGGGAGAUGGCACCACAUCUGUAUCACCUGGACCACAAGGGAUGGUCUAUGGGAAGCCUACCAGGAUGGUCAGAAGCUGGGGUCAGGUGACAAUCUGGCACCCUGGCACCCAAUCAAGCCUGGAGGAGCUAUUAUACUGGGGCAGGAACAGGACAUGGUAGGGGGGCGCUUUGACGCCACGCAGGCCUUCGUGGGCGAGCUGAGCCAGGUUAACAUCUGGGACAAAGUCCUGAAGCCGGCCGACAUCCUUACCAUGUCCAACUGUUCCUCCUACACCCCUGGGAACGUGGUGUCCUGGCUGGACAAUGGCGUGGAGGUGUUUGGAGGGGGGGCAGCCAAAAUGCCUCUGGAACUAUGCCAGGAACGGUUGUCAGAGGCUUGAGUCUGAAGACGGAUGCCUGAGUCUGUCUGUCUGUCAGUUGUUGAUGUUGUUGAUCUUGACAAGUACACUCUUAGAGAAAAAGGCUUCCAGACAGGUUGUCCAGCUGACCCUAUAUGUUGGACACUUGGUAUAGCACACAGUGGACGGGGUUCUGGAAAGGAAAAGGGUUCUUUACAGGGUUCUCUUAUUAGGACAGCAGAAUAAUCUUUUUAGGCUUUAGCACUUUCUUUUCUAAGAGUGUACUACUGUACAUUCCAAGUGUAAUGUUUAUUGUGUGUUCUGUUUGCAUGUGUAAGGAAAGGCUUUGAGUGACCUAAGCCGAGAUGAUUCUACUACACACCCACGCACACAGACGAACAGACUGUAAUUAUACUGGAUUUAGCAUGUGAGCCUGGUUAAGGCUUCCAUGUGGUCGUGGGCAGUGUAAAGCACACAGAUUAGCUGUCACAGCACUCAUUCAGUAACCUGUCUCCUGGUGGAGGUCAUAAAGCCUCUCCAUCUUGUCUGGAGGCAGCCUGAGCGGAAGCCGGGUUUCCAUGGAACAACCAACAACUGUGUACGUGUUCAACCUAGUAGAGAUGACGAGGGGCUAGUUUUGAUCUCUAUCAGGGUUUGAUUCAUUAUUACCACUAUUGUAAUUCAUCUAAUCUAUAGCUCUGAUCAUCUGAGCCACAACGCAAAUAGAAAUCUAAAGGCAAUGGUCCUUUUGCGCAGACUGUGUCACAUUAAAAAUGACCUUUACAUUUCAGCUAUAGUGAAGAUUUUCUGAGUUAUGGAUUGAAUCAAGCCCUUAGUGUUUGGAGCCAUAGUGUGUGUUUUUAAACCCAAGUGUUAAAAUCAAGUCGGCAUGUCUGUUGAAUUAUAUCGUCUAUGUGCUUUUUUUAACUGUACUAUUUUCAAGUGCACCUAAAUGCCUGCAGCAGUAUACGGUAUGUUGUUGUGUCACAGGAUCAUUCUCUAAUUAUUCCCCUGUUGUUAGAGUUAUGUUGGUUUAUUUAGGUCUACACUGUCUGUGCAGUGACCCCUUUUAAACACAAAUGUGUUUAUAUGGAAGCAUUGUUACUGUUGUGUGUACAUGUUAUUUUUCUAGCAGAUGUAAACAAUUUGUUAAUGUUUAUGCAUGUUUUUUCCAUGACAAUUGUGUUUGGAGUGUAACUGUAUUUAUACUGUGCGUUUUAUUUGCUGAGGAGAGCACUCUGUUUUCAUGUGCCUUUUUUUGAAGAUUUUCUGCCAGAUGUGCUUUUUACAGUAAACAACAAUGAACCAAACCUUUGCUUUGCCAAUGAAAAAUCUAUCUAUCUAUGUGGAAAAUAAAAGAACAAAUAAAACGAUUUAAAAAGCA